CCUCCAUUUUCCUCAAUUCCAAAACGCCGUCGUUUCAAUAAUCUCAUCUUCCAAUGGGGACCGAACUGGUGGUGGCGACUCACCGAGUCCAGAAAUUCUUCGACGACCUAGAGGCCCAGAAGGCCAUCCUCUCCACCUCCACCAGCCUCUACGCCGCCAUCUCCGACCACUUCACCGCCCUCCGCACUUCCCUCGCCGACAAAUCCCAAUCCCUCGACGCCAAAUUCCAAUCCCUCGACUCCCGCUCCCGCGAAACCCUAGCCUCCCUCGCCCUCCGCGAGACCUCUCUCCCGGAGCGCCAGGCCUCCGCCGCGGCCGCAGUCUCCGACCGAAAACGCGCCGCCGUGGCGGAGUUUGAGCGGAGUAUUCCGGCGAGUUCGGACAUCGCCGAAGCGCUGAAGUCGCUGUGUAGGAAAAUGGACGCGGAGGGGCUGCUGAGGUUUAUAGUCUCGAAGCGGAAGGAGUCGGUGUUGCUGAGGGCGGAGAUCGUUCCGGCGAUGGCGGAGGCGGUGGACCCGCCGAGGAUUGUGAUGGAUGCGUUGGAGGGGUUUCUGGAGACGAAGGCUAAGAAAGUUGGGGUCACUGAUAAGCGGUGGGCCUGUGGGCUGUUGGUACAGGCUCUGUUUCCGAAUGCCGGCCCGAAAGGACCGGCAUUUUCCCGGAGUGUGGUGGAGAGGGCGGCGGGGAUUGCGGACAGGUGGAAGGAGCAGAUGGAGGAGCUGAGUGGGAGCGGUGGAGGGACGUUGGGGGCGGCGGAGACGGUGAUGUUUGUGCAGAUGGUGAUAGGGUUUCAGCUGAAGGAGAAGUAUGACAAGGAGUUUUAUAAGAAGUUGGUGAUGGAUCAUGCUGCUAGGAGAGAUAUGGCUAGGCUUGCAGGGCAACUGCAAUUCGGAGACAUCGGAGAUGUUAUUGAUGAGUUAGUGAAGAACGGGAAGGAGAUAGAAGCAAUAUAUUUUGCUUUUGAGUCCGGUUUGACGGAGAGGUUUCCUCCUAUCUCCCUUCUCAAGUCCUAUUUGAAGAACUCCAAGAAGGAUGCUUCAGCCAUAAUGAAGAAUGGCAACAAUAGUGUGGUUGCAUCUGAGCAGUCAGGCACUUUGGAGUUAAAUUCCAUGAGAGCAGUGAUCAAAUGUGUAGAGGACCACAAGCUUGAAUCAGAGUUUACACUUGAAUCCCUAAGGAAGCGAGUCACUGCUCUAGAGAAAGCCAAAGUGGAUAGAAAGAAGAAUUCAGCAGCAGCUUCCGGGAAGUCUAAUAACAAGCGAUCCUACGGUGCUGGUGCUGGUGGCGGUGGCGGUGGCAGUGGCCGUGGAGGGGUUGGAUCAUCUUCUUUCCGCCCAGCCAAAGCUGCCAAGUAUUCCAAUGCUUACCCAUCAUCCUUUAACCGGAGAAUCCCAAAUCCUCCUACACAGCAUAGCCCGGUAACAAGGUAUCCUGAACCGUAUAAUUACCCAAGCCCAACCGUGUAUGAUGGCCCAACAUCAGUCUCUUACGGAACCUCAUAUGGAGUAGCUCGUGCUCAAAGCGCUGUUGCUCUUCCACAACAACGCAUCUACUCUUUAUCCGGCGACAACAGCAUGGCUUCUAGUUCUGCACUCCGAAGUGGUUCAUAUGGCGGCCAGACCAGCUAUGGAGGACCAUAUGAUUAUGCAAAUGCGACACCAACAUCAUACCAACCACCACCCUAUCAACAAUAAUUUGACACAGUUACAUGGCUCGUUAUCUUCGGCUGGUGAUUAGGGUCCAUUGUCAUAUAAUGCUUUUUUGGCCAUGUACCACAUAGUCUAGAUUAUGUUACUGCGGCUCUUUUCACUUUGAUUCUUACCUUACAAUCAAAGGUUAGAAAAGUAAGAGCAAUUAUGCCCCUUGGUUACUAAUUUACUAUAUUCAUUGACA